AUGCCAACGACUCCGGUCGAGAGCAUCAGGCACUCAGUCGCAAACAAUUCUGGAGACAUCAGACAGCCAAGUAAUCCUCCAUACACCACUGGAGACCCAUUCGUCAGGACUACUCUUCACGGCUCUCCUAUGUAUGUCAAUCCCACAAUGUUUGCUAAUCAGUUUCAACAAUAUGAUAUGAAUUUUCAACCUUACCCCCAAGGAUUUGUCUAUCCUCCUCACCAUAUAAACGUUCAACAUGGUGUAGCCUCAUCGUCAUCCGAUCAUACUCUACACGACAUCAUAAGCAACAACGGCAUCGAUCGCCCAUCACAUGCUAACUCGAACCACGGCACUAUGUUAUAUAAACUUGCCGACGCCUCUGAAUUUCAGGACUGGAUCAAAGUCUUUUCUGCCUUUAUUAAGGAACACGGCAUGGAACAUGUCCUCCCAGACGCACAAGGUGACCCUACUACGGAACCCACAGAGUCAGAAGAGAGAUUUCUCACUCAAGUGUUUCAAUACUUUGUUCCAACUACGACUUACCCACAAUGGUUCAAAACGGAGUUACGUAAUAAUCUUACCUCAACGUACGAUGUCAUUGAAAUUGCACUAUCCAAAUAUGAUGUAUAUAUGCGCGACUAUGAGAUUGCGAAGAAACUCAACAAUAUCCAUUACGACGGUAAAGAAAAUCCAAAAUUAUUCAAGAAACGUGUAGCGAAAUUACGUAAAAUAGGUGAAAAAAUCGGCAUCACUACCACUGAUCGUGCUAUAUGUGACCAAUUGAUCACUACUUUACCCACUGCUUACAAGCCAAUUGUAGACGAUUACCGUAUCCAUUAUCGAUCUACAACUUUAAACGAUAUUCUCAAUAGUAUUCAACAAUUCAAAAUAUCGCGACCGGAUACAUCCUCUUACUCUCCCAAAAACACUAGACAACAGAUUUCUACUAGUGCUCCUACUAAAAAUGUUCCUUCCAAGACACAAACAACCGGCAAUACAACUAAGGCCAACAACCCUACUAACAGUAACACUAAAGCACCUAGGCGUCGCAAUGUGAACUACAUCACUCAUGAUGAGCCCAUUGAACAACUUGAAGUGCUUGGCAACGAGGAUCAAAUCCAUCCUGAAGAGUUAUUGAUAAUUGACUCUGGCGCGGAAAUUUCUGUCGUUCAAUCCAGUUCUAUGUUAAAUAACACAUUCAACCCAACCCGUGACAUUUUAUAUGAUGCGGGCUCCAAGGAAUUAACCGUUGAAUCUGGUGGCUACUUAUGUCUUUCUUUUGAUACUGCUUCAUAUCGUAUCAAAGCUCUCGCUUCACCUGAGAUCUCUUGUAACAUUCUAUCGCUUCACGCACUAGAACGAGCAAGCAUCUCAGUGGAUCUGAUUAAUCGUGUACUCAUUGACAAGAAGGGUAACAUCCUAACCAAACUAAUAGACUACGGACGUUAUGUCUGCAUUCCGCUAUCAGUCAUUUGCACGACUCAGGUGGUUAAUAAUGUUCGAACAAAAUUCGCUAUGAAUUUCUUUCACAAGCUCUUCGGUCACAUCAAUAUACGCGAUAUCAAAAAACUAUCAAUAAGGAUCUGA